GCAUUCCAGCAGGUCCUGAGGCAGAAUCCACCCAAGACCACAGACGGAGACCAUGGAGCCUCUCAAGCCCGAGGUCACGGGCUUCCCGAGCCUGGGAGUCAACGAGAAUCAUCAGGAGGAGCCGCGUGAAAUCAAGCAAGAGGAAAUGUCGCCUCCCAGAAACGGCGCGGCGGGAGAAGCAGGGGCUGAGUUUGCACGUCUGCUGGCGGCGGCAGCCAUAAAAGUCAAGAAGGAGAGAAACAGCGAUGGCGAAGAAGUCGACGAAAUUGGCGCGGAGGGGGCCGGCAACUUCGGCGCUGUAUAUCCGCGGUCUGUGGUCCCCGAAACCCGCGAUGUGGGCUGUGGCCGCAGCCCACAGCUUUUGGAAAUCAGAGAUCCCAGGCAGGAGGGACAGGUGCCCCAAGAAGCUGUCCAGGAGCCCGUGCAGCCAAGGAGGCAGCGUCGGGGCCCCCGUAUCCUGUUCAACCCGUGGCAGGUGUACCAUCUGGAGAGCUUCUUCCAGCGCAACCAGUAUCCCAACACCUUCAUGCGGUAA